UAUCAUGUAGCGGUUUAUCAAAAGACUAAAUGUUUGGUUAAGCCAAAAGAAAUUGACUUAAAUGUUAAUAGCAAAGAGUUAAAUCAAAUUAAAAAACAAUUUCCUAAUUAUUUUGUUUAUGAAGAUUUUCAUCAAAUUUCCCAACCGGGAAUUAAUUUCCCCCAAAAAAUAAGUUUUGACAAAAAAAAUCAAGGUAUUGUAGCCUUUAUUCGUGAAUAUAAUUAUAUCGGUUUGUCUUCUCUUUUGAGGAUGAAGCCAAAUUAUCGUUUUCCUUUGUUAGUUAUGUUGGAUGGUGUGGAAGAUCCCCAUAAUUUUGGAGCCAUUUUACGCACUUGUGCCGCUUUAAAAAUUGAUGGAGUAAUUAUUGCUACUAAAAAUCAAGUUCAAAUUAAUAGCACAGUAGUAAAAGUUUCUAUGGGCGGAGCGGCUUAUGUUCCAGUUUGUCAAGUUAGUAAUCUGCUGGUGGUUCUUAAUGAGUUAAAAAAAGCUAAUUAUCAAAUCAUUUCGGCGGUCUGUCAUCCGGAAGCACAAAAUUACAAGAAAAUAAAACUUAAUUCUCCCACUUGUCUAGUUUUUGGUAAUGAAAGCCAAGGAAUUAGACAGAAAAUCAUCCAAAAAAGCGAUCAAAAGGUUUAUAUACCAAUAAAUAAGCAAAUUGGUUCGUUAAAUGUUUCG